GACGGUUAAGUUGUUUGUCCGUGUCGGCUUGCCGUCCUGCGGACCCGCCAUAUUGUCUGCUGAGGCUGUCGCUGCUGCCGCCGCCAAGUAGGAGCGAGCGGAGCCGCGAUGGAGACCAUGGCGAGCCCGGGGAAAGACAAUUACCGAAUGAAGAGCUAUAAGAACAAUGCCCUAAACCCUGAGGAAAUGAGGCGAAGAAGAGAGGAAGAGGGUAUUCAGCUCCGGAAGCAGAAGCGGGAGCAACAACUUUUUAAACGGAGAAAUGUGGAGCUGAUUAAUGAAGAAGCCGCCAUGUUUGAUAGUCUCCUCAUGGACUCCUAUGUGAGCUCUACCACUGGGGAGAGUGUGAUCACGAGAGAGAUGGUGGAGAUGCUUUUUUCUGAUGAUUCUGACCUCCAGUUAGCAACCACACAGAAAUUCCGGAAACUGCUCUCCAAAGAACCUAGUCCUCCAAUAGAUGAAGUUAUCAACACUCCAGGAGUGGUGGAUCGUUUCGUGGAGUUUCUGAAGAGGAAUGAGAAUUGUACAUUACAGUUUGAAGCUGCCUGGGCCCUAACGAACAUUGCCUCUGGAACCUCUCAGCAGACCAAAAUUGUCAUUGAAGCAGGGGCCGUCCCCAUUUUUAUAGAGCUACUUAACUCGGACUUUGAGGAUGUACAGGAACAGGCAGUCUGGGCACUGGGAAACAUAGCUGGAGACAGCUCCGUUUGCCGAGAUUACGUCUUGAACUGUUCCAUCCUUAAUCCUUUGUUAACACUCCUUACCAAGUCCACACGACUGACAAUGACACGGAAUGCAGUCUGGGCCCUGUCAAACCUCUGCCGAGGGAAGAACCCACCCCCAGAGUUUGCAAAGGUCUCCCCUUGUUUGCCUGUGCUGUCUCGCCUACUCUUCAGCAGCGACUCAGACUUGCUUGCAGAUGCUUGCUGGGCCCUAUCUUAUUUGUCUGAUGGCCCCAAUGAGAAAAUCCAAGCAGUCAUAGACUCUGGAGUCUGCCGGAGAUUAGUAGAGCUUCUAAUGCACAACGAUUAUAAAGUCGCUUCUCCUGCCCUGAGAGCUGUAGGUAACAUUGUCACUGGGGAUGACAUCCAGACCCAGGUUAUUCUUAACUGUUCAGCCCUCCCUUGCCUGCUUCACUUGCUGAGCAGUCCCAAGGAGUCAAUCCGGAAGGAAGCUUGCUGGACCAUUUCAAAUAUCACUGCAGGCAACAGGGCUCAAAUACAGGCUGUCAUAGAUGCAAAUAUCUUCCCUGUGUUGAUUGAAAUCCUUCAGAAAGCAGAGUUCCGUACAAGGAAAGAGGCAGCCUGGGCCAUCACCAAUGCCACAUCAGGAGGAACUCCUGAGCAGAUCAGGUAUCUGGUCUCACUGGGCUGCAUCAAACCCCUGUGUGACUUGCUGACUGUGAUGGAUUCAAAGAUUGUGCAAGUUGCCCUCAAUGGACUGGAGAACAUCCUUCGGCUUGGAGAGCAAGAGGGCAAGCGCAGUGGCUCAGGGGUCAAUCCCUAUUGUGGUCUCAUCGAGGAAGCCUAUGGCUUAGAUAAAAUUGAGUUUCUCCAGAGCCAUGAGAACCAGGAGAUCUAUCAGAAGGCCUUCGAUCUCAUUGAACACUACUUUGGUGUAGAAGAUGAUGACAGUAGCCUGGCCCCCCAAGUGGAUGAAACACAACAGCAGUUCAUCUUCCAGCAGCCUGAGGCCCCCAUGGAGGGCUUCCAGCUAUAAUGUCUGCCUCCGGGGAGGGGAGGGGAUGGGAAGCACCACCGACCAGCGGAAAAGCAGCCCUCUGGUGGGCGGGAAACCAUCCCCCCAGCCAUCAGCCACCACACACCUUUGCUGCCCUGGAAACUGUGCUCUUGACCUGCUCCGCCCCCUUCCCUAGAGGGAGCACCCUCUGGACAGACAGAACCAUCUGAGGCUCACAUUUGGGUUUUGUGACAAGAAGGGGACAUGUUGGGUUUUUCUUCCUUACACUAUAUUUUGGCUGCACAUGUCUUUAACCCAGGAGCCCUGGGGUAGACAAAGGAGGACUGAGGUAAUCGAUUUUGCACCUUUUUAUUUUUAUUUUUUCUUCAGUGGUGACUUCCUUCCCUUUUAUCUUCCAUCAUCCUUCCCAGUCCUCUGCCCUGAUCUGUAUAACUCUUAUCUUGGGUACUUGAGCAGAUGGAAUAUUCCAGAGGUUGGGGGGUGGGAGGGGAGGGGAGAAACCCAAACAAAGUGUUCUUGCUCUGUCAGAAUAUCAAUCUUGUAUGCUUGGAUUGAGUUAUUUAAUUUUUUUUCUUUUGCACAUUUUUCUUGUAUUAAGAUUGCUCUUUCCAAGAGCCAUGAGUUCCUGGUUUUAGGAAUCCCAGCUGCCAGCAUUGUCUGGGACUAGAGGCUGAGAGGGAGGUCUCCAUGAGACAAAGGACCGUCCCUCCCUCUUACCCCUUGCCCAGACCUCUUUAGUCUGGGAGCUCCCCCUCACUCUCCUGGGGCAAGUACACAGUAGGAGUGGAGGGGAGAAACACAGGCCUUCAUGUGUCGCUACUGAUCCCAUGUUUCCUACCCACCUGCCAAUGGUGCAACCCAACUUCAUUUGUUUACUUGAAAAUUCCACUCAGAGUCAAAUGGACCUCUGAGGUAGCUGUAUUUUCUCCUAAACAUGAGACAGAUGGCUGUAGCUCGUCCUUUCUCCUGAGGAGAAAGCCCUUGCUCUGGUGACCCAGAAGUUGCAGAGGAGGUUGGAGUGAGAGUGUCAUGUAUUGGGAUAGCCAGGGACCCCUGUCUUUGGCCUUUCUUCUUCCUUUUCCAUAGUUGUAUUAUGUAUAUUUUACUUCCAAAGGAGAGAAUGUCAAAAAGUUCUGUAUUUUUUUAUAGUAUAUAUUAGUUAAGUCAAUCUUAAUUGGUCUCAAGAGGAAGAACUCUGUAAUUUCUGUAAGUAGGAUACUGUGAGGAAGACCAAAAGAGAUGUGGAAGCUCCCUUGCUCAGGAAGUCUGAGCUUGGUCCUUUUCCUCUCGACUUGGGUUCUGGGCCAUUACCUAGGACCAACCCUUAGCUCUGGAUCCUUUAUGUAGCAGGUCAGCCUGGCCUGAUUGUCCCAAUACCUGAAGGGAGCAAGGAUGACCCCAGGGCCUGGUGAGGUCUACCACUCUGAUCUUUACUGCAGAGCAUCCUGCUUACAUCAGGAAACUCAGAAAGCAGACUGCCUUCUCAGAUUCAUUCUCAGAGGCCCUUGCCCACAGAAGUUAUCACAUACAGUUUUCCUUUCCAGUUAUCACAGAAACUUAGCAGCCUCAGGACUUUAGUGAGAGUUACUGCUAUCUUUACUGUUGGGAUACCCCAUACGUGGUUUGAGUUUUGCCCUUUCAUGUGACAGUUACAAUCCUAACAUCUUCUCUCUUUGGGUAAAGCUAGUGCAGUCCUCAGUGGCUUGCCUGUGCUUCAGUGGAUUACAUAUGGUAGAGCCCAGCUGUUGGGCAUAGCUUAGAGAAGGUUGUUGGCUAAGUGUAGGCCAGCUGUGGAGCUGAAGGCACAAUCUGCCCUGCCCUGCUUCCAGUCAGAGGUGCCCUGCUCCAAGCUGUAUUUUCCCCUCCCCCAGAACAGUGCCAUUCUUGCUUCCAUUCCUAUACAUCCUCUCUGGCUCAGGUGAAAUCCAUACCCCUCUGCUUACAGAUCUAAAGUUGAGGUGCUCACUGUCAGCUAUAGGUCUUGAGUUGGACUCUUAUUCUAGUGUUGAGAUCCAACUGCAAAACCAUUUUCUGAGAAAGGUGGUUUGGGGCUAGCAGUUAUCUCUGGAAAGUCACACCAGUGCUGUACCACCUUAGUGAGUCAGAUGCUACUCUUCAGCUUGGGAAUGAUGACUACCAACCCCCAAUCUCCCAGAUAGGCAAGGGCAGGAUCUUUUUCACUUGGCCUGCCAACUCCAUUACAAAACUGUCCUCCAACAGUUCAAAGAAAAGCCACACCCUUGUCCUUGUCCAAAGGGCAGAGCACUUAGUAGGGUCUAUUUUGAACAUCUCAAGCAAUAGUUAAGUCCUUGAUAUUUGGACCAAAUUUUUAUUGUGAGACAUAUACAUCCUUCUUUUCCCAGCUGGCCCUCCAAAGUCUACUUUUGCUUCAGAUCUGGACUCUACCAGAUGGAAGGCUUUUUUGAUCAUCUGGCUGCUGCUUAAAGCCAGUUUUCUCCAAGGACUUCAAAGGCUGAAGUCUCCAGGGCAACAUGAGGACAGUCUUCUCAUCAGAUAAAAGUGGCUUCUUGGAGCUUUCCUUUGUUAGUGUCUUCCUCAGAUCAUGUUUUCCCAUUAUCUUCCUCUUACCCUUUCAGUCAACAAGCAAAGUUCUUCCAGCCACAGAGGCAAUAACAUCAUCUUGUGUCUCUUCCUUUCCUUUGGCCAUCUUGGGAAGCAGAAUAUUUUUUUAGCCCAGGCUUGAUAGCCACUCUUUGUGAGCAGCCCCUAUCUGGACUCCAGACCUGGCCUAAGUGAGGCCAAAGGCUUUCUGGUAGAUUUCUACAUGGGUGUUGCAGGGAUGCUUCCCAGCCUGCUGUAGGGAAUCAGCUGGUAAGACAUGUUUUGGAAUCUUCAUGUGAUGGCACGUGGCUGGUCUAUCCAUCUUAAGAUCUCUGGUGGAUAUCUAGAUGUAGGUUAAGGAAAGGAACCUUUUUCUUAGCUAAAGUGUUCAAAUACUGUUUUGAACUAUUUUAUUAACAGUCACCUCUAGGCAUCCCACUCCCAGGUACUAACAGGGUCUCUGGUCUUAGAAACCUGCUUUCAGUUCUGAGCUAUCCCAGUGACUGCCUAUUCUUGGUAUUGGCUGCAACUUUCUGCUAAAGCUACAUGGGUUCCACCCUCAGCUGGCCAGCCUGGUUACUGGGGGCAGUGGAUAUAAAUUAUCCUUUCAUGGAGUGAGCAUUGAUGGCCUCAGAUUUUAGGGACCCUUGGUGUUCCCCUUUACCUAGGACCCUUAGAUCUAUUUCUUCUGCUCUCUUUGCCCUGGAAGCCACUUUCCAGGAGCCCUAUUUUUUGGAGUUGAACUGCACAGAUUAUAGCUGCUACUACACUUCAGGAAGAGCAAAAAGAAGGAUUUCAGGCACAGACUGUACUUCUCUCAAGCCAAACCAGUUUAAAAUGAAAACUGUCUAGCAGAGUGAACUGGAUUUCCAAUUUCUCUUGUCUGCCUGCCUUCUCCCUACAUCCAAGAGUUACCCUUCUCCAGCAAACUAGAAGGGAAGGGAAUGACUGCCUAGCAAUACUUCCCUCCUCAUCCCACAGUGCACCUCUUUGAAGGCUUGUUUGUUUGUUCAGGCUACACCUCUUCUCCCUGAGACUCACAGUUUGGUAUCCAUCCUCUUUGGUAUUCCUCAGCAGAUUCAACUUCUGGGCUCAGAUUCUGGAUUCUCGGUUGAAGGCAGGGAGCCAGAUUCUCUGGGUCCCUGCAGGCACUACAGGGACACAUGGGGAAAACAGGCUGGCUGGGGACCUCAGGAAUGUGUGUGUCUGUCUGCCUUCCUGGCAGCCUUGGGAAUGGUACAAAGCUUAGUGCGCUGAGCCAUAGGAAUUGCUUAUAACCAGUAGCGACAUUUUUUAGUUAGAACUAUCCUAGGAGUGAGUGAGUGUGACAUACUGCUCAGAGUAGGUUUCAAGACUGCACAUUCUAGGCCAAUCUUGUCCAGUAUUUUUUCUAUGUUUUAACCUCUGAAUUCUUCUGUUAAGCCAACAAGCUGAAAAUUUGGCCAUGCAGGGAUCCAUAUCAUAGGCACUAGCUACUCUUUGGCCAAGGCCUUCAUAAAUAAUUCAGUCGUUCCAUUGUCUAGCCCCUAGCCCACCCCCAGAUAAAGACCAUGGCAAGGGAAGAAUUUGAGGUCAAUACCAACCAAGUGAAUUGAAGCUGUUAUUUUUUUCUCCAAGAGGACAUUGUACAUGAUGCUUGGGCUAUGUGCAGAACCAAAACUGGGUAUGAGAGUUAGAAGGGGCAGCAUUAAAUAAUGGGCCCAGAACACUCCAAGAGAAAGGUUUGCGUAGUUCAUUCUAAAGGUCUUCUGUGGGUUUGGGCCUACCUCAUUACUUCUGGGCCAGCCCUGAUACUGACAUCCACGUCAGCACAUGCCUGAACCCCUCUGCUGAACACUAGCCAUAUUCCCCUCUGUAGGUCCGUCAGAUCUUCAGCCCCUGUAUUUUGGGGAGAGAAAACUACGAUGCCCUGGGGGCAGUGAAGGAAGUCAAAGCUCAGAUCCUAAAACUGACUGGGAACCUCUGAUUCAGAGGAUGUCCUUAAAGAGUCUGCCUCUAUGAGAACCUUCAGGCCCAGGCUCUUUCAGCCAGCUUUUGUGGGAACUGACUUUGAUCGAACCACUAAAGAAGUGAAGGGGGUAUGAGGUCCCAGCGACCCAAGAGAGACUGGAUGUCCCUGGAAAACAUCUUGGGUUCCCAGCUACAGACCCUAAGAACCUGAGUCAAACCCUUUUCCUCAGUUUUUUUCCUUUCCAAUUUUAUUUGCUUUUAGUUUUCCGAGAACUGUAAACUCUGGCUGUUAUCCAUGUUCUCAGGGCCCCUGGGUAGACCGACAAAAAGCUUGAUUACAGAGCAGACAUAGGCCAAGAAACCAUGGCAUUGAGUGUGCUGAGUCCAGCAAAUGAUAUUUAUAUACACAUCCAAAUUUGAAGAGAAAUGUAUUUCUUUAGGUUUCAAACACUGUAAUAGAUAUAAAGCAAAAAUAAAAAACCUGUUGCAAUCUA